AUCUGUCUCGAUUUCGAAUUACUCUCGAUUUUACCUCUAGGAGAUUCAUUUGGGUUAGUGAGAUGAUGUUUAGCUUACAAUAAACUGAGUAUUGGGAUGUAUAACUUGCACGAAGGAUGACGAUGCAUUAUGGAGAUGACUUUGGCUACAUAUUCUGAAAAUAUACGUGUUUGCGUCGUAGGAUUUAUAGUAUGUUUACCAGUACAAAUUUGAAAGGACUUUGGUCAACACAACCCGGAUUCACAUUACCAAAAAGGCCCCUUUUUGGCUCAAUUUCUUGUCUCAGACUGCCUGUAUUGGAUAUCGUAAGUGAUGGAAGGAGAAUUGAUGUUAAGGCCGCAACUUUCAAAGACUGAACUUUUGAAACUGGAGUCACAGCAAAGACAUUUGCGUCAUUUGUCUUGUGUCUUUGGACGGAAUAUAGACCCAAGUCUGCUGCCGGUUCUGAAGGCUGGUAGUAAACCUGGGCUUCUGCAUCUCUACUUCACACUUCAUGAUGCAGAUGACAAGACAGUUCUUUACCAAAGUGAAGUGAUUAAGAAUUCUUUGAACCCUAGCUGGAAUGAAUUUGAUCCUUCAGUUUUUCCAGAAAAGGCUGGUACAGCCUCUUCAAUUUUUAUUCUUCGGAUCUGGGCUUCCAGAGUAGAUAGCUAUCAGACAAUUAUCCGACUUCAUGUUGAUCUUGGAGGACUAAUGUCAGUAGGAGAUCAAUUAAAACAAGGGGGAAGUGCAAAAGAACCAAAUACAGUUAUAUUCAAAAUGUUUGGUCAGUAUUUCACAUAUACAGCUGGAUGUUUUAAGGCCUUGACUAUUGACCCUGAUAAAGACACCUCAAAACUGAUGUUUCUCAAAGUUGAUCAGGAUGCUGUUCUUUGGGCGUACAAGAAAUCAUCGCUCUUAAGGGUGCACUGCAUGCUUAAAGCUAUGCAUGAAACAAAACAGCAAGUGAAGAAAGCACGCUGUUUUAUUGAAGGAAACCUGAAGAGACAGAAAGAGCGCUGGUGCAAACUUUCAGAGAGAGAGUCUCUCCAUGGCCAGAUCAAUCGGCUUACCGAGGAGUUAGUGAACAUGAAAGGGAGCCUAGAAAGAGAGUCAAACUCGGCAAAACAAAGAAAACGACGCCUCACAAAGAAAGAAAAAGAACUGAAUUCUCGUCAGUUUGACUUGGAGCAGUACGUCUCGAGCAUGAAGAUUAGCCACUCUUCGCAUAUCGUUAAUCGUGAUACCCUGGUUAAAGUAAAUGCGCAACUGAACUACCGACGAAAGCAGCUGGCAGCCGAGCUCAGCUACAUCUUCCCAAUCUUCGAGAUCCCAGCAAAAGAUUAUUUGAAGAAAGAAUAUGCGAUCACUGGGGUGCGUCUUCCGGUUUCUGAUGCAUUGACAGGUGAGGCUGAUGAAAUGUUGUCGGUAGCUCUUGGCAACACUUGUCAUUUGGUUACAAUGAUGGCUAAAUUCAUGGAACUGCCUUUGAGGUACCCAAUGCGACCCAUGGGUUCUCGAUCGGCCAUACUGGACCUGGUCAAGGACAAGCUCGUAGACAGGGAACGGGAGUUUCCGCUGUAUUUGAAGGGCAAAGAAAAAUACCAAUUUCACUAUGGUGUUUACCUGCUCAACAAAGACAUCGCACAGCUGCGUUAUCACUGUGGACUGGGCACUUCAGACCUGCGUCAAACACUCUAUAAUCUGAGACAUCUUUUUGAAAACAAAUUUGGAGUUCGAAUAGUCGUAAAGCCAGACACAGAGACACUACAACAACGAAUCUCAUUGAUACCGCAUGGGCGGACGCUAUCUGAAACUGAUGAGCCGGACUCCGGAGUUGCUGUUAACUCGCCGGUCGCAAAAAGAGACGACAGUCGAUCUUCUGAAAGACCGCGGAGCUUUCACAGCGUAGAAAUGAAUGAUUAUGAGGCUUUGCAUAAGUCAAAAAGUCAAGGGAGCCUGCAAAAUCAAGGAGGAAAUUCUGGCCUCCCUGCCCCUUCCAACCGAACCCAAAUGCAUAGAUUAAUAAGUUUCAAAUCGAAAAAAGGACCAAGUCGAGCAAGAAGCCUGCCCGAUAGAGAAUCGCCUACGUCUUCAAAUUUGCUCCUCCAAGUUCCAUUCGAGGAAAUGGUGCAGGGUAAGGUUGAAAAUGUCCGAAGAAAUACUUUGCAAGAUAUACCAAGUGGUAAUUACGAAAAUGGAUUUCAAAAGCUACCUGAAAAAGGUCUAUCCAGCGAUGUUAUAAACAGUCAAUAUGGAGAUUUUGUAAUGGAUUCUGGGAAGAUUAAAACUGGAAGGGUUGCUCCCAAGUUUGAACAGGAUGAUUGCACAGAUAAAUUUUGUCUAGAGUGCCUCCGCAACGGUGAUAAGUGUAUUGACUGCACGCAUAGAAACCACGAUCCAGUAGGAGUUGAAGACGUACAAUUUGACGAAAGUAAGUUACCGGACACAGCUGGUUUGUACUCCCGGCAAGACAGUGAUAUUUUACUAAUUCCUGGUCCAUUCGACGACCACGACAAAAUAGAGUCUAUAGAAGACACAAAAUGUGCAAACGCGAUUUAACGUUCCUGUCGCGGUAUUCCCUAACAGUGUCACCUCCAACACCAUAGCAAUUUAUCAACAAGCUUCUAUCUCCAUACUUCAUGUGGGAAUAUUGGUCAACCAGAUUUCACUAGCAGCUUUCGAGCUCAAAGAUUAAUACACUUUUGGCUACUUAGCCUGCCUUUAAAAGUGUUUAUAUAAACAUGGGCGUCUGUUACUUUUAGACAAAUCAUAAGGUUGGAAGACAUCGGUUAUACAUGGUCCAUCGGAAUUUUCUUAUUGAAUUUAAUCAAUUUGCAAUUCAUAGAUUAUCAUACUUAUUCAUAUGUAUGUUUGUGACAGUUAAUGCUUUGUCGCCAAUCCUUUUACAUGUAGACGAGUGACAUGCCUCUCGGACACACAGUCCUUGGCUUUGUAGAUGCCAGCCGAGCCUGCUAAGAUUUUUAAUUAGCAAGGGUUAGUUGUAAGGUAGAUACUAUAUGAUAAUUUUCUAUUUUAUUCCAUUUUGAAGAAAUAUUCCAGUUAUGGUCUAUGUCCAAAAAAGGUAACUCCCUUGAGUUUUGACUUAGAGUCCCUCAGUUCAAUUUAAAUAGCCUUAAUUGAUUCUCCAGUCUAAUUUUGUAAUAGUUCUUAUUCCCUUAAAGGGUUAAAAAUACUAGACCCAAGGUAUGGAUGACACAGCAAUUUUACAUGGAAUUAUCUAUGAAGGUGCUUACUUUGAAACUAGAAUUUAACUCGUAAAUGAUCAGGGGUAUAUGCAAUAGGAACUGUUUUUUAGGAAGGAAGAUUUAAUAUUUAGAGGUAGGAGACUGGGGCCAUUUCAGGACUAUGAUGUUCACACUUAAAAUGUCUCAGCUGCAGUAUUUUCAAAAUUCUGUUAACUUUAUUUUUUGACCUUUUAAUGCACCAAAAUUUUCUGGUGAUUUAAAGAUCAUUGAUUUUCAUUACUUGGUGUUGGAAUGAUUAUGAGCGAAAUUUUGUAAAUAAAACAACGAUUUUUAUUCCAUUAAAUGAACAGAAUUAAUUCUUAAAGACUGUUAGUGAUUUUUGUGUGUAAUCAGUGUAAAUGGGAAGUGGCUCUGGGAUCCAAUAAAUAUUGAAUAGGCAUCUCAAAAAUAAAGUUAAAGUUACAUUUGCAAGAUGAUGAGUAGCCACCAAAAUACCAUUAAGAAUUAAUAAAAAACAUAUACACAAUAUGGUUAAGAACCAACUAUAAGGCAACACACACUCUGAUAAUACUCCUUCCAAAUAAGUAACAAUGUUGAUGGAGAUUCAGUGAGAUAAAAAGUUCAGUUCAAGUGAAUUUGUUGAGCUUUUGGCAAUAACAGGAGAAACUUGGUGAACUACCAAAUUAUGUGUAUCAAAGAUAUAUGUUUUCACAUUUUGUUGUUUUCAAACUUAUAUCUAGAAGCACAUCAACUAGCUCCCAGUUAUUUCAAAUGCAUCUUUGAUGUUUCAAAAUUAUAUAACUUAAAGUUGGUUUGUAAUUUUUUUUCCAGUUAUCAAUAACAUAUAACAAAUGUUGAAAUUAUCAAGUUUAAUAAACAAUGAGAAAAAUUACAUAGCUAAUGGCAGGGCUGCAAGUUAGACUCAAAUAAUGUUAUAUGAUUGGAUCUUUCUUAAUGCUUUUUAGAAACCCCACGGGGUUCACUUAGCCAAGAAACCCAGACUGUUAGUGACUCCUAAUCAAAGCAUGAAGAGACAGUUCUUGUAAUUUAUUAAAUUUUAUGGGUUGGAGGUUUAUUUCUUUCAGCUAGGAUUUCUACAAAAUUAGCUGUUUGAAUGCAAAGUUGUUGUUUGAUUACUUCAUCAUAAGGAAAAGAACUUUACCAUCAUAAAUUGACUUUGCAUUUUUUGUGAGAAUUUGGUUUAAAAACACAGCUUAAAAAUGAAACAGCAAUAGUUGCAAGCAGGAAAAAAGUUUUUGCUUAAUGCCAUUAAAAUAAAAUUACAUUGAAAGAUGUUUGUCAUUUUUUCCUAUAUGCUACAGCCUCAAAAUAAAGAUAAACCAAAUGAUAGCCUAUGAUACACUUAUAUCUGUUGCUUGUAUGCGAGGCUACAGUUCUUUGAAUUUAAACAAAAGGGUGUUUAAUAGAAUGUGAAACCAAAAUCACUAUGAUAUUUUGGGCAUAACUUGCACCCAUUCUCUAAUUCCACAGAUAUUGCUCAUGAUGCGAACAUGACCUUUGACAAGAAAGAUAAUUAUAUUGAAGAAGUUAUGACAUAUAAAAACUUAAUAUCAGUUUGUAAGAGUUACUCUUACAAAAUAAGGGUGGGACCUAAGUCUUAAAUUACAAAAACAGGAUUUAACACACUUAGUAUCUAAAACAGGCACAAUGCUGUUUUGAUCUCUAUUCUUUACUACCACUUAAACUACCAUUUUUGUUUUUAUAUAGAUGUUCUUUGAGGAAUUUUUCAAAUUCUCUGCUUGCCAUUACAUAUCCUGUGCCACCUUGGGCUAAAACAGCAGCUACUAAGAAUGGCCUUCUCAUAAAGUUUUCUGAAAAAUUCUCCGUGAAUUUUUCAGCUUGUGCCAAAAACCCACGUGAUCGACGGGCAAUAACAAGACCACCAACAGCUAGUGGAAUUACAGCGGCGGAUGCUGUGGCUAAAACAAACCCACGCAUAUAAGCACAAACAGAACAUCCAAGUUCCCUUGACUCGAGCUUCUUCGUUAUAAAAUACUGCCAACUUUUUGCAGCAGUAAGACCACAAAUUGGUGGAAGAAAUAUUCUUGCAGUUAGGGCCAAAGCAGGGUUUCUGUACGAGGUGGUAAUGACAGCAGCAACAAGUCCUGAGUUUAGACCAACCAAAAACUUGUGAUUGUCAAUGUCAAAAAGUCUGUCAACAUAAUCUAGAAUUUCAGUGAAUCUAUUCUCAAUUUUAUUGCGCUUUUCCUCACUUCCCACUUUGCCACCCUUGCCAGACAUACUUAUUCUCACUGCUUAUUUUGUAGAAAUCUUUUCUGUUCUUGUCGCUUCUCUCCUCCUGUGUCCCCUGUUCAGUGUUCUCACUUUGCUUCAUGUAAAUUUCCAUAAACUCGCACGAAAAUUUCCUCGGAUUUAAAUUUACGAAAACCUGCCAUUUUUAAAAGAUAUGGUAUAAACAACUUUGGCCAUGGAAAAAAGUGUCAAAUUGAGUCAUUCAUUUGCAUUAAAUCCGAAAACUACUCUUCCUUUUUCUUGUUAACAUAAUUAAAUAUUAUAAAAUAGAAGAAAACACAAUGCAAAAAUAAAUUUCAUCGAUAUAUACCUACAUGUAAUUUCUGGUUUUUGCUUUCCGCAACAACUUUUUACACAUUUCUAUACUUUUCUCAUUCCAAUUUCUUUGAUAUCGUUUUAGAAAGUUAAAUACUCUCAUCGACAAUCCAGCAUGCUACCUUAGUGCAUGGGAGGUGGCGGCGGCAUACUUGCCCUGCAGAAGAAACUUUGCCCUGGCAAAGGUUGAAACAGAAAUUGUACUGUAACAUUUCUUUUCUGGCACACGCCGCUUUUUUUGGGCACACUACUUUAGCAACAAACUGGAUUCCAGAUUUCUGACGGCACAAGGCUGUGUGACAACGCCUAGUUGGAAUUAAACCGUUUUUUCUUAGUUUUCUGGCAAGCGGUGCUUGUCUUUUUUGUAUGCUUUUUAGAAUAAGACACAAAUAUCGACCAAAGGUAUAACAUGUUUUUGUUUCAUAACAUAACACUUACGAAUAAUGCUAGUUUUUGUUUCAACGGUUACUUUGAAUUUUGCUAUGGAAAAGCAAGUUGAACUGAAACCAACAUGAUUGCUCUCUAGUCUCAUACAACACAGCGAGGUCUCAAGAUGGACGCUGCAAUGUGGAAUCAACACUGGGCUAGAGCAGCUCGAUCCAGUCUUUCUUGAGAUCAGUGGUCCCCAAUUGCAAAUCAGGAUUUAUUGUAGACAAGUGCACUAAGCUAAUUACUUAUAAAAGGGUCUUGAGAGUCUCCCAUGGGGGGGGGGGGGUGUUGGUUUUCUGUACAAUGGUACUCGUGUUCCCGUGUUCCAUUUGAAAGAAACCAAUGUUCCCGUGUUUCCGUUGAAAGUUAAAGAAUAUUCCCUUGUUCCUUUAAACUAGUAAUAAUGUUCUCAUGUUCCCAGUAGACAAUUUAAGUUGUUUCUGUGUUCCUGUACCAUUUGUUGCCAUGUUCCUUUAUUCCCCAAAACCCCUGGGAGAGCCUCAUAAUUUUGAUUAGAUUUGCAUCAUCACUAUUGUUAAAACUUCUGUCCGUUUUGACCAUAGUAUUUAUCCAUCCUGUCAUGAAACUUUUUACAUGAGAAAUUAUCAGGAGGUUAGCAAGAU